CCUUCCUGAAUCAUUUCCAGGUGUUAACGAUAUUCCUUAUCUCAGAUCCGUCCUGGUCGGCUCGUGCCGAGAAGAGGCCCUCGACCAACUGGACAUGCGUGGGGACUCGAAGCAGUACUGAGUAUUGCACGACUUACCAUGGCCACGUCCGUCGCUGUCGCACCCGGAGACGACCCUCGCGAUCCUUCCGCGGAGGUGAAGCUGACUUUGCCAGAUACCUGGCAGGUCGAGUCCAUGGACCCUCUCGGUUCCUCGAUGAUGUUCGUGUCGGGAUUGAUCAUGGUGACCCGGAACCGGUACCUUGCGUGGCCCUCCCUUCUGCUCUCUAUCAACAGUGUCACCAACUCUCAUCCGUUGCGCGUGAAGGAGGGUGCGCAGACCGGCCUCAGUGUCAUAAUGCUCGGUAUCGGUGCGCUGCUUGCAUCUUACCUACCCUUGAUCAUGAUCACUCCCAAGCCGGCUGCGGCGUGAUGCUGUAUGUAUGCUUGUUGUCUGUAAUUCAUAUUGU